GGGUUUUUUCUGCUCGCGAGUGUUCCGGUCGCGUGUAGAACAAAGCUCUCGAGAAAGAACGGGCGUCGCUUAGAGAAAUCCAAAAGCGGCGCUGUUGCCGGUGAUCACUUCCGGCCAAUAGAGCGCAUUCAUAAUUUCUUACACCACGUCUUCCUCCAUUUUCUGCCAUGCACGCGCCGGUCCUCGUCUUAAAGGACUCUUUAAAGAGGGAGCAGGGAAGUAAAGUUCAACAUGCCAACAUCCAUGCUUCUAAGGCUGUUGCUGAUAUAAUUCGCACUACCUUGGGGCCUCGGUCCAUGCUGAAAAUGCUACUUGAUGCUAGUGGAGGAAUUGUAGUAACUAAUGAUGGAAAUGCUAUACUACGUGAGCUGGAUCUUGCACACCCAGCUGCUAAGUCAAUGAUUGAGCUUAGCCGUACACAAGAUGAAGAAGUUGGAGAUGGCACAACCUCUGUUAUUGUUCUAGCUGGUGAGAUGCUUCAUGUUGCGGAAGCAUUCAUUGAUAAGAAUUAUCAUCCGACAGUCAUUUGUAGAGCAUACAACAGAGCUUUAGAAGAUGCUAUUGCAGCUCUUGACAAGAUAGCUAUUCAGAUUGAUGUAAAUGACCGCGCUACAAUGUUAAGCCUUGUUAAAAGCUGCAUCGGCACUAAGUUUACUGGACAAUUUGGCGAUCUAAUUGCUGAUCUUGCAAUUGAUGCUACCUCCACAGUUGGCGUGGAUCUAGGGCAAGGUGUACGGGAGGUUGACAUAAAGAAAUAUAUAAAGGUUGAGAAGGUUCCUGGUGGACAGUUGGAAGAUUCAAAGGUUCUUAAAGGUGUCAUGUUCAAUAAAGAUGUUGUUGCUCCGGGAAAAAUGAAAAGAAGGAUUGUGAACCCACGCAUUAUUCUACUUGACUGCCCCCUUGAAUAUAAAAAGGGAGAGAACCAAACGAAUGCUGAACUGGUGAAGGAAGAUGAUUGGGAGGUUCUCCUGAAAAUGGAAGAGGAAUAUAUACAGAAUCUCUGCGCACAGAUUCUAAAAUUCAAGCCUGACUUGGUUAUAACGGAAAAAGGGCUGAGUGAUCUUGCAAGCCACUAUUUAAGCAAGGCUGGAGUUACUGCUAUCCGUAGACUGAGAAAGACGGACAACAAUAGGGUUGCAAAAGCUUCUGGCGCUGUAAUUGUUAACAGGCCUGAUGAGCUGCAAGAAUCUGAUGUUGGUGUUGGAGCAGGACUUUUUGAGGUCAGGAAGAUUGGAGACGAAUUCUUUGCAUUUAUUGUGGAUUGCAAGGAACCUAAAGCAUGCACUGUUCUUUUGAGAGGUGCUAGCAAGGAUCUCCUGAAUGAAGUUGAAAGAAAUCUGCAGGAUGCUAUGUCAGUAGCACGAAACAUACUGAAAAAUCCUAAGCUUGUUCCUGGUGGAGGGGCUACUGAGAUGACUGUGUCUGCAGCAUUGAAGCAGAAGAGCUCAUCAAUUGAGGGCAUUGAGAAGUGGCCCUAUGAAGCUGCUGCUGUAGCUUUUGAGGCAAUUCCAAGGACCUUAGCUCAAAAUUGUGGAGUCAAUGUCAUCAGGACAAUGACAGCUCUGCAAGGAAAGCAUGCAAAUGGUGAAAAUGCAUGGGUUGGCAUUGAUGGGAAUAGUGGUGCCAUUGUUGACAUGAAGGAGAGGAAGAUCUGGGAUGCCUACAAUGUGAAGGCGCAAACAUUUAAGACUGCUAUUGAGGCUGCUUCCAUGUUGCUGAGAAUUGAUGACAUCGUUAGUGGGAUCAAGAAGAAGCAAGCUCCAGGUGCUGGGCCAACUCCUUCAAAGCCUAAGGUUGAGGAAGAAGGAGAUGCAGAUAACGAGCAGAUGCUUCCAGAGUAGAUUACUAGUAAGCUUUAAAUUUUCAGCGUGUGGAUGUCCUACUUAAUGUUUUUUAUUUUGUUUUAUUUUAUUUUAUUUUGUGAAAUGUGCUGAUAGUACAUCUUUGCAAAGCACUGCUGUCAAAAUUUUGUUGUUUAUUCUCUUAACAGAUUUUCUAACAAGCAUGUUUGUUACUAUUCUGGCAUUUGCGGUUAAUACUGAUCUUCAAUGUUUGUUCC